CUCCCCAAAGUAAAGAAAAAAAAUAAAGACGGUCACAUUGCACAUCUCCUCCUCCUCCUCCUCCUCCUUUCUCUUCGUCCUCCUUUGCAAGACAUCUCUCUCUCUCUCUCUCUCUCUCUCUCUCUCUCUCUCUCUCUCUCUGAGCUUCUUGCAGAACUCCUCACCAAAUCCAAGCUGAACAAACCCAACACGACCAGGAAGGGAAAGGGGGGAAAAGCAGGGAACGGAAACAACCAUGUCUUCCCCAAGCAAGCGCCGGGAGAUGGAUUUAAUGAAAUUGAUGAUGAGUGACUACAAAGUGGAGAUGAUCAAUGAUGGCAUGCAGGAGUUCUAUGUGGAGUUCCAUGGACCCAAAGACAGUCCUUAUCAGGGAGGCUUGUGGAGGAUAAGGGUGGAGCUCCCUGAUGCUUACCCCUACAAAUCCCCUUCCAUUGGAUUUGUCAACAAAAUCUAUCACCCAAAUGUAGAUGAGAUGUCAGGUUCGGUCUGUCUUGAUGUUAUCAACCAAACCUGGAGCCCUAUGUUCGAUUUGGUGAACGUGUUUGAAGUGUUUCUCCCUCAGCUUCUGCUGUACCCGAAUCCAUCUGAUCCAUUAAAUGGCGAAGCUGCUGCGCUCAUGAUGCGUGACAAAGCCGCUUAUGAACAAAGAGUCAAAGAGUACUGCCAGAAAUAUGCAAAACCAGAAGACAUCGGGGCUGCCACAGAAGAGAAAUCGAGUGAUGAGGAGCUGAGCGACGAAGAGGACUAUGCGUCCAGCGACGAGGCGGUGCCGGGCCAUCCUGACCCAUAGGGGCACUAGCGUGAUUGUAUCCGGAUCUGAUGAUCACCAUUAGUAGGGAAAAAAAAGAAGAAGAAAUUGUUGUUCUCUGUACAUGAUGAUACUCUUUGCUCUUGGAAAAAGAAAAAGAAAAAAAUGAAAGGGGUCUACGUGGGAGAAUUCCACCGAUCCUUUUCAUCUCACUGGCUAUUUUUCAUCUUCCAUGGAACCUCUGCUGCUGUUGUAAAUUAUAAUUGUCUGUCUAUUUGGAUGACGCUUCAAGAAGUUUAUUCAUUCACUGCUGUUGGGUC